GGGACCGGAAGGCAAGAUUUGGCUGUGGCGCCCGAGCGGCUUUAGGACAGGCUAGGCGAGGGGGUGGGGAGCGGGAGGCAGCCGCGGGUCAUGUGACCGGAAGGGCUCCUGACGGACGCCGUCCCUCCUCGGCGCCGCCUGAGCGCCCGGCCCGACCCCGCCAUGGGGUGCUGCUAUAGCAGCGAAAACGAGGACUCGGACCAGGAUCGGGAGGAGAGGAAGCUGUUGCUGGACCCCAGCAGCACCCCUACCAAAGCCCUCAAUGGAGCCGAGCCCAACUACCAUAGCGUACCUUCAGCUCGCACAGAUGAGCAGGCCCUGCUUUCCUCCAUCCUUGCCAAGACAGCUAGCAACAUCAUUGAUGUGUCUGCCGCGGACUCCCAGGGCAUGGAGCAGCAUGAGUACAUGGACCGGGCAAGGCAGUACAGUACCCGCUUGGCUGUGCUUAGCAGCAGUCUGACCCAUUGGAAGAAGCUGCCACCGCUGCCAUCUCUCACCAGCCAGCCCCACCAAGUGCUGGCCAGCGAGCCUGUCCCCUUCUCUGACUUGCAGCAGGUCUCCAGGAUAGCUGCUUAUGCCUACAGUGCACUUUCUCAGAUCCGAGUGGAUGCAAAAGAAGAGCUGGUUGUACAGUUUGGGAUCCCAUGAAGAGAGGGAUCCUUGAACAGCUCUUCCCUCGUCUUCAUCCCGUCUCCACCCCACCUCUUCUGGCCCCAGCCUCACUGUGGCUUUCUACAGUACCUAACCUGCUACUAAUCGCGGAGAAGAACGUGGAGGAAAAGAAUAAGGCUAGAAGCUGGAGCAAGUGAGGACUAAGCAAGGGAAGGGCGAACCGAUUGCCAUCAGCCUUCAUGCUCUGGUUAGGGUGAGGUUGGGGCCAAGAGGACAGGGCCUGGCAGAUCUUCAAAGUCAUUGGGAAAAUGGAGAUACCACUGUAGGGGUGAACACCGGGAGACCUAGGGGACCCCCUUCCCACCCUUUCUCUUGGCCUCCGAUUCACUCCUGUCCCGGUCCCUGAUUUGGUGCUCAUGGCACCUCACUGGGGAUUAUGACCAGGGUCUAGAGGAGCUUGAGUCUGAUUUGAGUUUGUAUUUCUAGCACCCUGGGUUUUUACAUGUUUGUUCCUUUUGUUUUUGUUUGUCACCCCUCGAUAAAGAAAGUAUAUUCAUUUGUGUUGCUGGUUCAA